AUGGGGCUCCGGAAGAAGACCAAGGCCAAGGCCGACGACGCGACGACGACGACCGACGUCAACCAGGGCGAAGGGCUCUCGCUCGACGCAUACUUUAACAGCAAGAAGGACUACAGCGUCGAGGCCAUGAAGGAGACGUCCGAGCUCCUCGAGAAGACCAAGCCCGCCGACAACGCCAUGGUCAUGACCCGCCUCGACGAUGACGACGAGAACGCCUUGGAUGCGGACGAGAAGAUCCCGAUCUGCGCCAUGCACGACGACGACGACCCGCCCGACGACGUGUACGAAGAUGACUAUGAGACCGAGACCGAGCCGGCGGCGACGAACGCGGUCGCCGGCCUCUCGCUCAGCGACUACCUCACGGGCGCGCCCAAGAAGGACAAGCCAAAGAAACCAAAGAAGGACGACACGGCCAACAUUGAAGGCAUGUCCCUCGAGAGCUACCUCGGCGCCUCGUCGCUCGACGACGAAGCCAAAGAUGCCAAGAAGGGUAGUGUCGUCAAGCGACCAAAGCCGAUGGACCCGGCAGCGCUCACGACGACGACCAAGUCCAAGGCGAUCGCCGCCGCCGCACCACCGUCCCUCCAAGCGCAAGCAGGGAAGAAGAAGCCGACGUUGACAAUAUCCAGCAAGCGCAAGGACGAUUUGGCCAAUUUGAACAAGAAGAACCAAGUGUCGAUGCUCAUCGUGAAGCGCAAGGCGCCGUACAAGUCGGCGCUGAGCGGGAAAAAGCCCGCGGACGACGGGUCCCCGACCAAGCAAGGACCGCUGCCCAAGCUCCAAAACAGCUUUACGUGCAAAGCGUACGGCAGCGCCGCCGACGCGGUGCAUGACGACGACGAGUCAAGGCUACCGCCGCUGCCGCAUUGA